UUGGAGGAAGUGUUGGCUGCCUCAUUAAUAGCCUCCUUUUCUCCUUGCUAUCGUAUAUUGGUCUGGUCCUUAUAUAAAUCCACUAUCUUCUAACCUCUCACUCUAUCUCUAUAUCUAUAUCUGUCUGUCUUCCCACCAAUAUUUCUUCAUUUACCACUUCCUCCCCACCCGCCACCACUCAACACAUUGGUGGUGUUGGUGUUCGUGUUUGUGUUUGUGUUCGGAUCAACCAACUGAUUAGAUGGAUCUAUCUACCGGGUGGGUCAUUUUAUCACUUAUUGUAGGGUAUGUGAUUUGGUUUAAAUCAAUCACACGCUCGUUAAGCGGUCCACGUGUAUGGCCGGUAUUGGGUAGCCUACCAGGCUUAAUCCAAAAUGCUAAUCGCAUGCACGAUUGGAUCUCCGAUAAUCUUCGCAUGUGUGGUGGCACGUACCAAACCUGCAUCUCUCCCAUCCCCUUUUUAGCCCGAAAGCAAGGUCUCGUGACGGUCACGUGCGAUCCGAAAAACCUAGAGCACAUCCUCAAGGCUAAAUUCGACAAUUACCCCAAGGGCCCCACUUGGCAAGCCGUGUUCCAUGAUCUACUUGGCGAAGGGAUCUUCAACUCCGAUGGUGACACGUGGCUGUUCCAGCGCAAGACUGCCGCGCUGGAAUUCACCACCCGGACCCUCCGCCAAGCCAUGGCUCGGUGGGUAAGCCGAGCCAUCAAGCUUCGGUUCUGCCCGAUUCUAAAAACGGCUCAGCUUGAGGGUAAGCCGGUUGAUCUACAAGACCUCUUGCUUCGGCUCACUUUCGACAACAUAUGCGGCUUGGCUUUCGGGAAAGACCCACAAACCUUAUCCCCAGGCUUACCCGAAAACAGCUUCGCUUCGGCUUUCGACCGAGCCACCGAAGCCACGCUACAACGCUUUAUUUUACCAGAAACAAUUUGGAAGCUAAAAAAAUGGCUUCGGCUUGGGAUGGAAGUCGAACUGAGCCAAAGCUUAAGCCACGUGGAUAAGUAUCUGACAGGUGUCAUCAACACACGUAAGCUUGAAUUACUCAACAGUGAAAGUCAAACCCCACAUGACGACCUUCUGUCUCGGUUCAUGAAGAAAAAAGAAUCCUACUCAGACACAUUCCUACAACAGGUGGCACUCAACUUCAUCCUAGCUGGACGUGACACGUCAUCAGUCGCGCUGAGCUGGUUUUUUUACCUCGUAAUUAAAAACCCCAGAGUCGAAAUGAAAAUAUUAACAGAAAUAUGUGAAGUCCUAAACAAGACACGUGGAACCGACACGUGUAAAUGGUUAGACGACCCUUUGGUCUUCGAAGAAGUUGACCAAUUAACUUAUCUAAAAGCAGCUUUAUCGGAAACACUCCGGCUAUACCCAUCGGUACCGGAAGAUUCCAAACACGUCACCGCCGAUGACGUCCUCCCCGACGGGACGGUGGUGCCAGCGGGAUCCGCCGUCACUUAUUCAAUCUACUCUACCGGUCGGAUGAAGUUUAUAUGGGGUGAAGAUGUUCUUGAAUUCCGACCGGAAAGAUGGUUAUCCGAUGAUGGUAAAAAGUUUGAGAUGAAAGAUCAGUUCCGAUUUGUGUCGUUUAAUGCGGGGCCCAGGAUUUGUUUAGGGAAGGAUCUGGCUUACUUGCAGAUGAAGUCGAUAGCGGCGGCGGUGUUGCUGCGCCACCGCCUCUCAGUGGUUCCCGGCCACCGUGUUGAGCAGAAGAUGUCGUUAACACUGUUUAUGAAAUAUGGGCUUAAGGUGGACCUGCACCCACGGGAUCUGGCGCCUAUUGUUGCAACACUUGGUCAAUCUGGGAUAGCGCGUGAAUUGUGAAUAUAAUAAUAAUAAUAAAAUAUUAUAUAAGAAUUAAACUAUUAAAGUACACUGUGAGUUUACUUUGUGGUUUAUCACAGACGGUUGUAUGGCCACACGAUCAAAAUCAUACGAAGUGAAGAUCUUUGAUAGGGUGAACUGUGACCGUGACUUGAUUGCUAGAAACGAAAAUGUCAAUUUAAAUUCGACUAUACCAAGUGUUUCGCAAGUUAUUGACUUUUUUUUGUUUUCUCUUUUUGGAAUAAAUAAUCGACACAUGUAAUGAAUAUUAUUUAUAUAUAUAUUUUAUAUUCGGUGAA